UGGUGCGGAAGUGUAAAAGAAUAUUUGAUAAUAUAAAAAAGUUUUUAAUUAUAUCAUAAUUAAUUAUUAAGAUGUGGAAAUUUGUAACUCGUGGUAUUCGUGAAACUUUGGAAGUAGGUCGUACAAAUGUUUAUUUACAAACUACUCAAGAAUCCAACACUCAAAAUGAGGUUAAAACCAGUUUGACGUGUAAUAAUAAAUUUUUACCAUCAACUUUUUUUAUUUUUAAUAAAAAAUUUUGUGGAUCCACAAAAACUAAUGGACCAAAAGACAAAGAUCAUGAUUCCAAGUGGAAUACAAAAUAUACCUGGUCAGAAGCCAUAGGAUGGACAAGUCUAAUAGCUGUUGGAAUGGUGGUGUGCCAAACAUUAUGUCUUCGUAGAAGAUUCUAUGAAAAAGAAAAAACUUCUUGUGUAAAACAAACUACUGAUUCUUUUAAAAACAAACUAUUACAAGUUCCAGAAGUACCUAGCUCUUAUCUACUUAAUCAAGUAUUAAAUUUAAGAAUAAAACAUAUUUUACCACUUAUUAAUUGUAUCGGUAAUAAUAAAAUAUAUGCUCAAGAAAACACUGAAGUAGAAUGGAAAGCUGACAAGCCAUUUGGGCCAAUUACUGUGGAAGAGGCUUUAAAAGAAGCCACUGAAGAAUUUGCUAAUAGCCAUAAAUUAAUUAUGGCAGAAUAUGAACUUCAUUAUGGUCUGAAAGCCUUAAAAGAGACACGUUACAAAGAUGCUAUAAAACAUUUUACUGUUGGUGCAAGUUUAUCAUCUGCUGCUAGUAUGUUUAAUUUAGGUCUAUGUCAUGAAUUAGGACUUGGAACAUUGGUUGAUUAUUCAAAGGCUGCAAAAUAUUAUAAUGAUGCAGCAGCACAAGGUCAUGCAGAUGCUACAUAUAACUUAGGAGUUUUUCAUGCACAAGGCAGAGGUGAUUUUCCAGUAGAUAUUGAUAGAGCUCGUAGUUAUUUUAUUAAGGCAGCAAAGUUAGGGCAAAGUCAGGCACAACAUGCACUAGAUUUAGAAAAACGUUAUUAUCAAGAUAAAUCAAAAGAAAAAUCUACGAUUUUUCCAGAUGAACAUAAAAAUAUCUUAGAGUAUAUGCGAAAUAAUGAAAAUAUAAAUUAUAUUCUUAAAAAACUGGUUAAUUACAAUAGUGUAUUUAGUACACAGUCACAAACAGAAUUAGAUUUAAAUAUGUGUGAUUCGGAUAAAGAUAUAAUACAUAUUCCUGUGGAGUUAAAUAAUUAUGGUAUGUCAUGUUAG